ACUCUCUCUCUCUCUCUCUAUCUUUCCAUUACCUUCUGGAGGAAUCUAGAUAGAGAAAGAAGUCUCUUCCCUUCUUCCCCUGACCUCAAGAUAUUAACCACCGAACUGCCAUCAUAUCAUCAUCUAAUUCUAGUCUAGUGAGAGAAAACAACUGUCUAGUCAGACACACAACACAGAGGGGGAGAGAGAAAGAGAGAAUCAAUUGUUUAGAAUUUGUGAAGAAUAUUAUUAUUGAGGGGGUUUUGGGUUUGGGAGUUAGGGUUUGAUUGGUUGAGAGUUCGGAGUUUUAGGGGCUGAGAUCGUUUGAUGGCUGGGUAUUUGGCGAUGAAGAUGAUGAAGAGGAAGGACCUCGAAGAUGUCAACGAUGACUUUUCCGACUUUUCCCUCUCCUCACCUGCCAGAAAAAUCCGCAGACUGGACGCUGAAUUGCCGCCCAUAAUGGAAGAGGAAGAGGCAGAUCAUGCAGAGGUACAAAAGUUGGCGCCUGAAGAAGCGGAGGAUGUUGCAAGCAAUAUCAAUAAUAUGAAUAUGGAGGAAUUGGGUGGUCCUCCUUCUCCUCCUCCUCCUCCUCCUCCUACUAGUCAUCCUCACAAUGAAAGUGAAAAUGAAAAUGAAGAGAGGGCUCUUGUUCUCUUCAACCCCCCCGUCAUCAAUUCACAUGCACAUCCAUAUCCUUUCUUCCACUCUCCUCCUUCUGACUUGUCUCUCUCUCUCAAUUCUGACCUACUUUUGGGUAUCAAAAAUCAAAUCCUCUGGUCUAGCCAGUCUAAUGCCAUAAAAACAGCAGAAAGACAGGGUUCAAAUACCAAUGACUGCUUAGCAGUUGUUCCAUGGGUUGCUUCACAGAUUCCUCUAACAUCAGGACCAGACGUUCCCAGAACUGAGGUCUCAGAGUUGAUGGAGACUGAAGACAUGGGAGAAGCUACCAUGGAUGUUGAGGAAAGCAAACCAGGGCAAGGAUAUGAGUUUAAUGAGAUGAGUGAAGGCAUACAUCAGUGGCAGCAGCAACACUGCAUGAUCCCACAGCUUCCUGAGAACACAACUACCCCCAUUGUGUGGUAUCGUUAACAAACAAACAACUAGGUGUGACCUGAGUGAGUACACACCAUCUCCCCCUACAAUGUAAAUUUUUUUUUGUCAGUUCUCUGCAUAAUGCAAGAGAGCAAGCGUAGAGGAUGGUGAAAAGUUUGAGGUUAGCUGAGAAAGUGGUGAAUAGUGGACAGUUUGGUGGGGAAGUUUUUUUGUUAUGUAGGAACAAAGUCUAGAAGGAAGGAUGUAUUUGUGCCAUGUUUUGCAGUGACACAAAAAAUAUGUUAGCUUUGUGUUGUGACCUAUUACUACUCUACUCGUAGCAGUAGAUGCACAAUAUUAAUAUCCCAACAUUUUCCUUCCAA